AUGGCGUCGAAGAUUGCUCGCGCCUCGCGCCCAUACAUCUCGAAGAUCUUGUUGGGCACGAAGGUGUCAGUGGCGACGGCCGUGUCAAAAAUUUCGAAUGAGGUCAAACUGGAGUUCAUCCAGCAGAUUCCAUUGUCACGUUUUGAAAGAGCCCAUUCUCACAAUCAGAUUAGAAAUGGCUCUGAUGCAGAUUGUCUCUCCCGGAACAUCGCCAUUUGCCGGCAUUGCAAGGAGGGCCGGAUCCAAAUGGCUAAACAGCUCUUCGAUGCAAUGCCAGUCCAGAACCUGGUGGCAGCAACCGCGCUCCUGGAUGCAUAUGCCCGUGUGGGGCAUUUGGACUGCGCUCGGGGAAUCGUCAGUCAAAUGCCUGUGAUGGAUUCGGUGUCAUCCAUUACCAUCAUCACAGCGUACGCGAGAUCAGGCAAUUUCAAAGCAGCGGCAAUGGGUUUUGAAGAAAUGCCACACAAGGAUAUCGUUUCCUGGAACUGUUUGCUUGCUGCGCAUGCCCUGGCAGGGCAUUUGAAGGACGCUCUUAAGAUUUUUUACGCGAUGCCGCUGUGGAAUCUAGUUUCCUGGACUUCAAUGCUUGUUUGUCAUGCACGAAACAAUAAUUUGGUCGAAGCUUGGAGUCUUUUCUGCUUGAUGCCUGAGAGGGACUUCAUUUGCUGGAGCUCCAUGCUUUCUGCUUAUGCCAUCAAUGGGCAUAUUCCUGAAGCCGAGAGCAUCUGUUCCCAGAUGCCCCUCACGAACUUGGUCUCGCAGACGGCUCUUCUUAGCAUGUACGCGCAGUACGGAAAUCUGGAGAAAGCAAAGAAAACGUUUGAUACUAUACCCGAGCACAACAUUGUUUCGUGGACUUCGAUGCUCUUGGCAUAUUCCCAACACGGGCAUAUUGACUUGGCCAUUGGAAUCUUUCACGCGAUGCCAGAAUCCAACCUUUUCUCUUGUAACUCGUUACUGUCGGCAGUUUCGUCCAGCGGCGACGUGGCAAUGGCGAAACAAGUAUUCGAUGACAUGCCUGAGUGGGACUUGGUAUCUUACAAUGCCCUUCUUGCGGCAUAUGCUCAGAACGGGCAUAUGAUAUUUGCUAUUGGGAUAUUCUCUACCAUGCCACAGAGGGAUCUCGCUUCUUUUACUUGUGUGCUAGCAGCAUACGCGGAUGCUGGGAAUCUACAAGAAGCUGAGCGGAUCUUUACUAGAAUGCCGAUAUGGGAUGUUGUGGCGUGUGGUGCUAUGUUGUCCGCAUAUGCCAGUUCGUGGCAUCUGGAAGAUACUAAACGCCUGUUUGAAUCGAUGUUGCAAAGGAAUCUGGUUUCAUGGACUACCAUGAUCACAGCGUAUGCCCAGUAUGGACAUAUUGAAGAAUCUAAAAACAUGUUUGAUAGUAUGCCGGAGAGGAAUUUGGUGGCAUGGAAUGCCAUGCUUGUAGCAUAUGCCCAGCUAGGGGACGCUGACAUGUCACGCCACCUUUUCCAGCAGAUGCCUCAACGGGAUGUCAUCUCUUGGAACUCCCUUCUCUUUGCGCAUGCCAACACAGGGAACGUUCCAUGCACUGAAAAGAUGCUUGCUCGCCUUCCAGAAGAGAACCUCACGUCUUGGAAUGCCUGGAUAUCGGCGCUGUGUCACAAUGGCUACUCGACGAAGGCCUUGGAUGCGUUUAGCAGGCUCCGGCUGUGCCAUCUCCCCGACGGGACGAGCUUCGUUACAAUGCUCAUAGCGUGCAAGCACGAAGUUCCAGAGGCAGCACUACUGCUGCAUGGUCGAUCUCCUGGCGAGGGGUGGCUACUUGGAGGACGCGGAGGACCUGAUCGCCAACAUGCCCUUUGUGCCCGAGCCCAGGGAGUGGCUAUGCCUCCUCGGAUCUUGCCGCUCGCACAGAGAUGUAGAUCGGGAAGCAAAUGCCGCGGAGCAUGCUUUUGCACUUGA